AUGUUGAAACAAGGAUACAUCUCUGAGAAAAACAAAGACUACUUAAUAGUCCCUAAGCCUAAAGCUGGUAGAUUUUACCUUCUUCCUAAAAUACACAAAGACGGAAUCCCAGGCCGCCCCAUUGUAUCUGCCAACGGUCACCCAACAGAACGUAUCUCAGAAUUUGUUGACCACCAUCUUCGGCCAUUUGUAUGCGCUUUGCCCUCUCAUUUGCAGGACACCACUGAUUAUCUCAGAAAAUUAGAAUCUCAGAAAGAUUUACCUGACCAAACCCUUUUGGUGUCUAUGGAUGUUACUGCCUUAUACACUAACAUCCCCCACGAAGAUGGCAUUGCAGCGUGCAGAGAAGCAUGGGAUUCUCGUAUAAUAAAGAAUCCUCCCACAGAAACACUUAUCGAACUUCUCGUACUUAUUCUGAAAUGCAACAACUUUGUUUUCUGUGACAAACAUUUCCUACAGGUACAGGGCACGGCUAUGGGGACUAAAAUGGCACCAUCUUACGCCAACGUGUUUAUGGGCAAAUUAGAAGGACAACUGCUAGCUGCUACUGCAGUACCUCUUAAACCAUUCAGUUGGUUACGCUAUAUAGAUGACAUUGACAUGCAAUGGUGUCACGGGGAAGAAGCUUUGCAAGAUUUUCUUUACAGAGCUAAUACUUUUCACAAAUCUAUAAAGUUCACCACUGAGGUAUCAAACGAACAACAUGUUUUUCUCGACACAGUAUCUCAUAUUAAAGACAAUCAUAUAAUUACUGAUUUGUAUUCAAAACCCACCGAUAAACAUCAAUACCUUCUUCCAAGCAGCUGCCACCCUCGACACUGUUGUAAGAACAUACCAUACAGUUUGGCUUUGAGAAUCAAACGAAUAUGUUCAAAUCCCAGCACGUUCUAUAUCAGAGCAAAAGAACUGUCUGAACAUCUUAGGAAGCGAGGAUACAAGGAAGAAGACAUUGCAAACGCGAUCUUUAAUGCAGACAGCAAGCACAGGAAGGACUUACUAGAGUACAAACAUCAAUCUAGUGGUUCUACACAAAAUAAAAUUCCAUUUGUGCUCACAUAUCACCCAGACUUACCUAACACUAGAGCCAUCAUUGACAAACAUUGGCCAAUUAUUGAGUCUUCACAGAAACUUAACAAGAUGUUCCCAACUAAACCAACCAUUGCAUAUAGGAGACCUAAAAGCCUCAGGGACAUACUUGUUCGAGCCCAACUGAGACCAAUAAUGACAGAUAAAGAAGUACAACAUGGCACUAUACGAUUGUAA